CAUUUGGUGAUUAUAAAACACUCAUGAACUUUUCCAAUAGGAGUAAUGAAGAAAAACCAAAAAGAGAACCAACCGGAGAGACUUUUGAAUCCCGCAACCGUGAUAGAGGCCGUGACGGCCGAGCAAUAGGAAACAAACCAACAGGCCUUAGGGGCCCAAGGAAGAAUUUUGAGGAAAGGAGGGAAGAAGCUGAUAUACCUAAUAACGACAUCAAUCAAAGUUGGGGAGAUGAUUCAAAGGUGGAAGCUGUCGAUGAAAAAAAAGAAGUUGAUGUUGAACCUACUCCAAUCGAAGAAGAACCCAAAGAAUUGACAUUGGACGAAUGGAAGGCUCAGCGUGCUGGUCGUGUCAAGCCCCAAUAUAAUAUUCGAAAAGCAGUCGAAGGCGAGGAUCCAAGCCUCUGA